GGCGCGCAGGCGGAAGUAGCCGGGACGGAAGGGGCGGGGCGGGCGUAGGCAAGCGCGCGCCCGGAGAGGAAGCGGAAGUGCGUGUGGGUAUUAAAGAGGCCGGCCCGCCCCCCGCGUGUCUCUUCCGUCUCCGGCAGUCGCGUCGAGAGGAGCUGCCGCCAUGUCGGCGCACUUGCAGUGGAUGGUGGUGCGGAACUGCUCCAGCUUCCUCAUCAAGAGGAACCAGCAGACCUACAGCACGGAGCCCAACAACCUCAAGGCGCGGAACUCCUUCCGCUACAACGGGCUGAUCCACCGCAAGACGGUGGGUGUGGAGCCGGCGGCCGACGGCAAAGGCGUGGUGGUCGUCAUGAAGCGCAGGACGGGCCAGCGGAAGCCGGCCACCUCCUACGUGCGCACCACCAUCAACAAGAACGCCCGGGCCACGCUGAGCAGCAUCCGCCACAUGAUCCGCAAGAACAAGUACCGGCCGGACCUGCGAAUGGCCGCCAUCCGCAGGGCCAGCGCCAUCCUGCGCAGCCAGAAGCCCGUGAUGGUCAAGAGGAGGCGCGCCCGCCCCACCAAGAGCUCCUGAGCACCUGCACAAUAAAGCUCUCUGCCACUUCCA